AUGUCUAUCAUAAGACGCAUUGUGUUAUUGACCUCCUUCGUCAUAUUUGCCCUCUUCUUCCUCCUCUCGAGGGUCGAUGCCAAAGGGCCAAAAAUCACGCACAAAGUGUAUUUUGAUAUCGAACAUGGCGAUAAGCCAAUGGGCCGAGUAGUCAUCGGAUUAUAUGGAAAAACCGUUCCAAAGACCGCGGAAAAUUUCCGGGCUUUGGCAACCGGCGAGAAGGGCUUCGGCUACGAGGGCUCUACUUUCCACCGUGUCAUCAAGGACUUUAUGAUUCAAGGUGGUGAUUUCACCAAGCAUGAUGGCACUGGUGGAAAGUCAAUCUAUGGCGACAAGUUUGCCGACGAGAACUUCAAGUUGCGACACACCAAGAAGGGCCUCCUGAGCAUGGCGAAUGCUGGUCCAGAUACCAAUGGCUCCCAGUUUUUCAUCACCACUGUCGUCACAAGCUGGCUCGAUGGUCGCCAUGUAGUUUUUGGAGAGGUCCUUGAAGGCUACGACAUUGUGGAUAUGAUUCAAGACGUCGAGAAGGGAUAUGGCGACAAGCCCGAGAAAGUCGUCAAGAUUGCUAAGAGCGGGGAACUAGAAAUGGAAGUGGAAGGUAGUGACAAAGAGCUCUGA